GAAAUCCCGGAUGCCACGCAGGGGGAUCGACACGUGUUAAUGGUCAUGAAUACAAUGGCCACCAUUGAAAGACUACAGUUGAAAAUUUUUGACUUUGUGAAGGAUUCUGGCUAUUGUUCCUGCGGAAUUUAGACCUGUGGCUGUUACGUUUUUUACUGAUGUGGUCAUUCUUGGGCUGAUACUACGUUUACAUAGACGAGAGCCAUGCGGGCUUGAAAACCUGGCCAUAGAUGUGGAGACCAUAGACAUUCUCCUCCAGGUCUGUGGUAGCCACUGCUUUUCUUGCGCUGGGAAGUUUCCCUCUGUUAAUGCGUAGUGACUAGACGAAGGUUCCGUGUCGUGGAUGUAUUGCUGCGGAUUUUGGAUUUGGAAAUUUCUCGUCGUUUAAGUCAGCCAUGUUCAAAAGGACAAGGACAGGAUUUUGGUUGAUUCUGCUGAUUGUGGCCGUAGUGGGGCACGUGUUGCCAUGUCGUUGUGAAAACCUAGACGGGGGAACAGGCGAUGGUGGUGUAGGGUGGUUUCUUCGGGCAAUCUUCGGCUCGCAGGCUGAACACCAGUUCCAAUCAUCUGCUGGUCAUGGUCGAUUGCGUAGAGGUACUUCCAAAGGUUGCAGACAAACUAUUCAAGCUGACUCAGGUUACAUCCGCUCACCAGGAUUCCCCUCCUCUUACAGGCCCAAUCUCCUGUGUGAAUGGACAAUACAAGUACCAGCUCGUAAACAGAUUCUGAUGCGCUUUAUUCUCUUGGAUGUUAGAGGCGGUGCCAGUGGGAAAUGCACUGAACAAGAGGACUACCUGAUGAUCCGAGAUGGUACCAAAUCUGGGCGACAUCUUGGAAUUUUCUGCAGUCCAUCCCCAAACUCCGGACAACCUUCACCUAUCGUGUCAAUCACCAGUAAGGUUUGGAUCAUCUUCCACAGCAAUGAGAAACAGUCAGGAAAGGGCUUUCUGAUUAGCUUCAUUUCGGUUGAGUCGUUAAGUCACUUGGAUUAUGUUGCCAACCAGCUGACAUUUGAACCACGUUCCGGAUCCACUGAGCCAACUCCCACUGUAGACAAGCCAGAAAAGUCACUGUCCACAGAGUUUGUACCCAUGCAAAGAAAUGUAGAUUUAACAACAAUAGAUCUGCCAUUUGAAUCCAUUGCAUUUGGAAAUCCCAACAGGGGCCUUGUGCAGUAUGUCACCCAAGAUGGCUCAACAGUGGUCACUAAAACUUUUUCUCCUCCAGUUGUCACUGAAUUGAGACAGCAGACUGUUGCAGAUACAUCUCGAGUGAGCCUCUUCACGACUCAGCAAAGAAAUGGCUUUAGUCCAUCAUUUCCCUCAAAGCCCAUUCUUGAACCACACAAGGAGCAGUCACAGUCCCAACCAUUCUCUGACACCCAAAUGAAGUCCAUUACAGAGCAACCACUACAGACACCUACUGGUGAUGCUUCGCAACCUAAAACCGGGGAGCAAACCAAAUCUCCUGACCUGUCACCUUCAGUUACAGCAAGUCAGCUGACAAGAUCUUUCAUGAUGGAACCUCACACAGCAGAACUGAGUACUGAAUUGCCCCGUGUUACUCUAAAGGAAUCAUAUGUUAGCACUGAGGUACCAGUGACUGCCUCUGAGCAGACUUCGAGAAUGACCACCAAGCAGCCUCUUGUCACAACUAAAGAACAAUUAGCAUUGAGCUUUUAUGGUGAUGCAAGGUCUGUACCAACCACUGGACAACAGUUUACCUUGAUUAAAGGUUCACCGACUACCAGCUACUGGAAUAAGAUAGAUCAUCACACCCUGACUGGAGCUGAAACUCUUCCAUUUACAAAACGGCAGGACCAAACACAAAUCAGAACAAAGCCCCUGACGGAUCAACUCAAUGCAGGGGAAUUCCAAACACAUUUUACAACUUUGUCUCCCAUUUUCACGGCAAAGCCCAUUGAAGCCUUCACUGCAACAGAGCAACUGAAAUCGACGAACAGCCAACCAUUAGUUCCUCCAACCCACUACCAGCAGCCACUGCAAACUUUUGGAAAACAUACUACUGGUCAGCAGAAUACUGGUGUGAUGCCUGUGCUCACCCAGCCCCGGUCCAUUACUCAGGGACAAAGUCACAUUGAGCAAGAGAGUACCUCAGAAUCUGUUACCCAACGCGAUACCCAGCCUUCUACUGAAGGCCACACUACUCAUCAGCAAGUCUCAAGUCCCCUUGAACUCUUCCCUUUUGGUCAAACUCCAAAAAUAAUUACUAAUCGGGGAGCUAUUCCUCAGCAAGAACUGCAGCCAUCUACUCAAAUCGCUAGUGCUGACCAGGAAGGCAUUCUUUUGACCAAACUACAGCUUUUUACUCGAACACAAAAGCCAAUGAGACAACUUACUCAUCAGCAAACUGAAGCUGAUUUCAAACCUCAGCUUUUAACACAAACCCCCCGACCAACAGAACAGAGCAUGAGCACUCACCAGCAAGUUGGUACUGAACCUGAAUACCAGUCUGUCACUCUUAGAGAACACAAAACACUUCUAACCCAGCUUCCUUUGAGAGCCUCAAACACCAUGACACAUACUAGAGGUGGGGGAGAAGCACAAACCAUUAAGCCCUGGGACUUUGACACCAAGUUAGAUAGGCCCUCUGGCGAAUUACAAUCACCAAAUUAUCCAGAUGCUUACCCAAUGGGUGUGCACUACCGCUGGAACAUAACUGUCAGCCCACGUGGUGUCAUUGUUCUCAAUUUUACUGAUUUUGACCUGGACUCGGCUCCAAAUAACAAUAGCUCAUGUGACGAAAGAUACGCUUAUAUUAAAGUUGAGGAUGAAGGUGGCAUUGAACAUGUUUUUUGUGGUCACAAAAUUCCUCCAUUGGUAGUAUCAACUUUAAAUAAGCUGAUUAUUACAUUUGUUAGUAGUUAUGGAUAUGGCAAAGGGUUCCAUGCACUUUACUUAAUGCAAAAAACGAAGGACCGUGUUGCCCCUCCUGAUGUCUCAACAUCAGAGCAUGUCUGUGGAGGUGGCUUUCAUCAACCCAGUGGUAGGAUUCAAUCACCCAACUUUCCUGAUGACUUUCAAACUGGUAUUAGGUGCCACUGGAAUAUAACAGUUGAUGUCGGACAAGUCAUUAUUAUAAAUUUUACUGCUUUUGACUUGGAUUCUGUACCAGUGGACAAGUGGUGCAGUGAGAGAUAUGCACAUGUGAAAAUAGUAGAUGGAAUUGGAGGGAAUAGUUGGACUUACUGCGGUCAGGAACUUCCACCCGUCUUUGUUUCUUCGAGUAAUACAAUAAGCAUCACCUAUGAGAGUGAGUUUGGCUACAGUGGAGGUUUCAGCGCUGUAUACAGUGUCUCUCAGAUGGACAGAGCAUCAGCAUCUACUCCCCCCAAAGCCCAAAUACCACCCUUGCUAACAACCAGACCAUUGUAUGAUUGUGGAGGAUAUAGGACUGCAUCAAGAGGUGUCAUUCAGUCACCUAACCUGCCUGAAGAACUUGAGUUGGGUGUCAACUGCAAGUGGAUUAUCACAGCCCCCGUUGGGCAACAUAUUGUGCUGAAUUUUACCAAUUUUGUCAUGGACUCGGCUCCUAUUGAAGAUGGUCAGUGUGAUGAAAGAUAUUCUCACGUCAAAGUUUCUGAGGGGCAAACUGAUGGUACAGGUAUGGAAGGAAUAUUUUGCGAUCAGAAAAGGCCUCCAUCAGUAGUUUCCUCUUCAAAUAUACUUACUGUCACAUUUAGCAGCGGCUACGGAUAUGGAUAUGGAAUUGGAUUCCGCGCUGAGUACUUUAUGCAAGAAGUAGAAGACCGUGUUGUAAUUCCUGAUACUUCAACAUCUGGACAAAUGUGUGGCGGUAGCUUUUACCAACCCAGCGGAAGGAUUCAAUCACCCAAUUUUCUUGAUUUUCAGACUGAAAUUAGUUGCCAUUGGAAUAUAACAGUGCAAGUUGGACAAGUCAUUGUUUUAAACUUUACUGUUUUUGACCUGGAUUCUGUGUCCGUAGAUGAUUGGUGCAGUGAGAGAUAUGCUCAUGUGAAAAUAGUGGAUGGGAUUGGUGGGAGUAGUUCAACUUAUUGCGGUCAGGAGCUUCCACCAGUUUUUAUUUCCUCCAGUAAUACAAUAAGCAUCAUGUACAUAAGUGAUUUUGGCUACGGGGGAAAUUUCCUUGCACUGUAUACAGCAUCUGCUCCUCCAAAAGUCUUCAUACCUCCUCCUACAGGAUCAGGACAGCCAGAUCAAUGUGGAGGAGUUUUAAAUCAACCAGAGGGUGUUAUUUUUUCUCCUUGGUUGCCCGAUAACUUGGAGACCAGUAUUAGCUGUGUCUGGAACAUCACAGUAGCCACCGGUAAAGUCAUUGUACUUAACUUCACAGAUUUCAAUCUGGAUUCUGUUCCAGUCGACAACUGGUGUGAUGAGAGCUAUGCUUAUGUUAAAAUAGUUGACCAGAGUGGUAGUUCCAUUUAUUGUGGUCAAGAAGCUCCACCCAUUUUAGUCUCCUCCUCAAAUACAGUUUUAGUGUACUUCAAGAGUGGUUACGGGUACAGCAGGGGGUUUCGUGCAUAUUAUGAGUCUGUCCAGACAGUCGACAGCAGAGGAAUAUUUGAAACAAGAUCAACAAGCAUGCCUCAUCAACCCCAGGUGCCUCCAGUAGCAACUGAACGUUCCUACUCUUGUGGAGGAAAUUUAGGUGGACCUAGUGGUAUCAUUGGGGCUCCUGAAUAUCAUGAAGGAUACUGGCUUGAGGUACACUGUAGGUGGAAUGUAACUGUGAAUCCUGGUUGGAUCAUUGUCUUAAACUUCACGACCUUUAAUCUUGACUCCACCCCAGUGGAUGGUCAGUGUGAUGAAAGGUAUGCUCACAUCAAAGUAGUGGAUGGGGAUACAUCCGUGUCCAUCUUUUGUGGUCAGAAUAAGCCCCGUACAGUAAUUUCAAUUGGAAGAACCUUGAUCAUCGAGUUCUUCAGCAACUUGGAAAUCAACCGUUUCUUUGCAACUUAUGCUGCUGUGAAAUCAGAUGAUAAAAUGCUUUCUCCCAGGUUUAUAUCGGCAGCUCCUUUGAAAUCAACAGCACCAUCAGUCAGUGAAGGCUUGCCAAAAGAGUCAGUAACACACAGACAGUUCUUUCCUUGUGGUGGUUUCCUGAGUAGACCUUCAGGAGAAAUAUACUCACCAAGAUUUAAAGAGCAACCUUUAGAAAAGAGGGUCAGUUGCCAGUGGAACAUCACAGUGUCUGAACAGUGGAUCAUUGUCCUUAAUUUCACUUACUUUGAUCUAGAUUCGGUGCCCAUGAUUGGCAACAUGUGUGAUGAAAGGUACGACCAUGUCAGCAUUGCUGAUGGUGAAGGUGAAGGCAGGGCUUCUACUCAACUGUUCUGUGGCCAAAAUAACCCAGGUGUCUUUGUGUCCUCCACCAACAAACUGAUUAUUACAUUCCUGACCUAUUUUGGCUAUGGCAGAGGGUUCAGUGCUUCUUACAGCCGUGUGAGGCCAGAGAGUUCAAUCAUUGCUACAGUGCAUCCUCCAAGAGUAGUCAGUGCAUCAGCAGAUGUGCCGUCAACAUCCCUGCAGCCCGAACCUCCAUAUGAAUGUGGUGGAAAUCUCAUUGGACCGAAUGGAGCAAUCCAAUCACCGAAUAUUCCUGAGGAAUAUGUGUCCAGUGUAACAUGCACAUGGAACAUCACUGUCCAGCUUGGUUCAAUCAUCGAACUAAGUUUUGUGACAUUCAUGCUAGAUUCUGUUCCCAUUAAUAAUCAGUGUGACCUGAGGUAUGCCCAUAUGAACAUAUUUGAUGGUAAGAGGGAAGCUGUCCAUGCAAAACAUGUAUACUGUGGCCAAGACCUACCCGGAAUCUUCUUUUCGUCCUCCAAUACAAUGACAGUGGAAUUUGUAAGUAAUUAUGGGCAUGGUGGAGAGUUCUACUUAAGUUACAUGUCUUCCAAAGCAGGCAGUCAGUUGUUGGAUCCCAGAUUGUUACCAGUAUCCUCCCAUCCAUUCAGCACCCAAGAACCUAGUCAGUUAAUGGUAACUGAGAAACCAACCAAACUUUGUGGUGGAACUCUCAAUUCCCCGCAUGGUGUAAUUCAAUUUCCGAACAUUUUUGCUGGAUUCCAGGGUCAGGCGAUAAACUGUCAUUGGACAAUAAGAGUACAAAGUGGCAAGGUGAUUGCUCUGGAUUUUACCUUCUUUAAUCUUGAUUCUGUGCCGGUUAAUAACCUGUGUGAUGAGAUGUAUGCCAAUGUCAAGGUCAUCGAUGGUGAAGAUGCCAGGUCUUCAUUCAAAGUGUUCUGCGGCCAAGAUCUACCACCAAGUUUUGUCUCUUCUAUGAAUACCCUUGUCAUUAUUUUUAAUGAUUUGCAAGGCUAUAGUGAAGGUUUUCGUGCUCAGUACAGCUCUGUGACUGCAACUGUUCCUAUUUCACCGUCACUUAAUCGUCAGUUGUUGACACCAAUGACACAAACGGAUGCAUCUCAAACUUCUUGUAAUAGUAUUCUCAAAGAAACUAGUGGGGUGUUUUCGUCCCCAGAUUAUCCAAAUAUGUACCCUGCUGACACUUUUUGUUCAUGGAUCAUCACAACAGCUGACAACUCUCGCUUUAUUGCUCUGAAGUUUUUGGACUUUGACGUUGACAAUCCUAUGCUGGAACAGGAUUGCUCUACCCACUACUCGUAUGUUGUAGUCCAUCACCAAAACUUGAGUGGCAGAGAAGAAUCCCACCUUUUCUGUGGCAGCCACCAGCCCGAAAUCAUUACACCAAGAGCUCAUCAGCUCAUAGUGGAGUUUUACAGCAAUUUGGGAAUAGGUCAUGGGUUUCAAGCUGCCUAUCAAAUGUACAAUCAAUCUGAAGAUGGCUUACAGCUAGAUUGGUCACGUCUCAUCGAAGGGCCACGUGAUGGUGUGACAACACCUGUCCUGUCUCUGUCAUCUACUGCAAUUGAUGGGGGAUACUCAGAAAUGUCAGCUCCCAGAGGAAUUGUCACUUCUCCUAAUUAUCCAGAACAGUUUCCUCAGGGCUUUUACAAAACCUGGAUCAUUAGACCUAGUGAGGGAACAUAUGUUACUCUAGCAUUUGAAGAUGUUGACUUCGAUGUCCAAACAGAUGACAGCUAUUGCAGUACACUAGACACUCAUGUGGUGCUUACCAUCUACAGUUUAGAAGAUGAAAGAUCAGAUAUAAUUAUUUGUCAAAAUGUUCUGUCUGAAGGGGUAAUUUCAUAUGGUGGGCUAAAGUUGGAGUUCCGUAGCUUCUUUGGUGUAGGUCGGGGAUUUAAAGCAAGAUACGCAUCUGGAAUGCUUAAUGGUGACGAAGGAGAGGACGUAGAAUCAAAACCAACAACAGUGCCAGGUCUAGGUGUUACAGAUGGAAGAGUUGACAUCAAGACUGUGGAAUGGUCUUCUGCAAUAAAAAGCACUAUCACAAAUGUAGGAACCCACCCUGGAGAAAGCUCUUGUGAUGAGCUACUUAGCAAUACUGAAGGAAUCAUUGGUUCCCCGAACUUCCCUCUGAGCAUGCCCCAAGACACUGAGUGUUCUUGGACCAUACUCCUUCCCGGAAAUCAGGGCAUCCAGCUGGAGUUUCUUGACUUUGCUUUGGAUGACCAGAGUGAGCUUGAUUCAGCCACUUGUAGACAAGACUCGGCAUCGGUCAGCGUAGUUAUGGAUGGCAAUUUAUACAAGUUCUGUGGCAAUACUGUCCCUUCUCCCAUGACCUCCUCAGGUAAUACUGUCGGCAUUGUUUUCAAGUCAAAAUCUGGUAAAGGUGCCGGCUUUAGAAUGCAUUAUGUAGAUGCCAGUCUUAGAUCGACUGCCAGUGACCAGCCUCGAGGAGGCACAGAUGCUGCCACUACAUUAAGUAUUCCAGGGAGGAGAGCUUCAGUGCCUACAAAUUUACCAACUGCUUCAUCACCUACUCAAGCUACAGAAGGUGAAACUAACUCAAAAAGCAAUGGAGUAACACCUCUUUCAAUUACUUCCCUUAAUGUGUCAGCCCCUGAAAGUGACCAUAGUGAUGUUGAGGUGCGAUUCUUGGGGAAUGAUGCUAUUACUGACACACCUGAUGAUGUUGGAAAAGAUAACUUCACAAGGCCUGGCAGGGAACGUGUCAAUGUACCAGUUUCGCCUCCACCGGAGCCUGCCACUGUACCGGCAUCACCAACUCCCCAGCAAGAUUUUGAAUUUGGUGCAGUGGCAACGACAGGAUUGGACCAGACAGUCAGUGAAGAAAUGAGUGUCUUGUUGCCAAGACACACAGACCAACCAAAAGUGACAGGCAUGGGAAGCACUGAUCCAGGAGCAGCUGAUAUCACAAAUCAUCAACUUCGCGUCACCACCUACGUCUGUGUUGGUGUAGCUGUUGUCCUCUUUAUCAUCCUCGUCAUCCUCACCAGCAUCUGCAUCUAUAAGAGGAAGCAGCGCCACGCCUCCAAGUCUAUUGUCUUGGGACACACGGAGAAGAGCUACUGGCAGAACUACAAGUCCUGGGCUGCAGAUUAUUCAGGAGGGCCUGGCAGGUCAUCCAGGGCAGCGACCGCAGGGGACAUUGAUGAAGAAGGUGAGGAGGCUGAGGACAUGCUGAAGCAAGAGCGUCUGGUUUGAGGAGCUCCUGUAUGAUUUAAUUCUGUGACUGGGUGAGGCCUUUGUUAAGAUCAGAGGUUACUGUCUAAUGUUUCAUAUGGCAUUGAAUGUUACCAUAUGGCCUGUAUAUGUUUGCAGUAGUGUAACUAGGGUGAACUUUCUGGGAGGCACCUGUAGUGUUUUCACAGUUUUUAAAGGGUGGGUGUGGAAGCACAUGGACUCUAGUUUAUGCGUGGAUGGUGUACAUUUCAAAUGGGGGGUGGGGUUGCACAUGUCCGCCCUUAGGCCCCCUCCUAGUUAUGCCACUGCAUGUGUGCAGUCUUUAUUUCAGCAUUGUCAUUAGUGAUGUGUAUGACUUGUCUAUUAUUGUAUAUGUCUCAUUUAGCAUUGUCAUUUAGCCAAAUGAGUAUGAUGUCCAGGAAUGCGCUUGCAUAGCCUCAAAAUAGUGCCAUUCACAUGCCAGACUUGAAUUUAAUUUGAAGUGUGCAAGCUACUUCAGAGGCCCUGUCACUGUUUAGAAAAAGCCUCCACCUUGCACAAGGAAACCAAGUGAUUCCCCUAGAUUCCCAUAUAAAUCCUGACAAAACCCUUUCAGUGUAUUAUUGAGUUUUGACAGUCUUGAACAUAUUCAAGGUAUUAUUACAUGUAUAAUGCAUAGAUUCUGUACCCCUACAGCCAGAGAGUCCAUUUUAGUGUGUAAUAAGAAUACAAAACGUGCAUUAUCUGGAUUCCCUCUGUCUCAACUUAAGAAAUAAUGGAUAAAAAUUGUCUCUACCACCACUAUCACUAUUCAGUUUUUAUAUGGCAAGAUUCUGCAUUAAAAACUAACCACUUUCUGUGUCUUAUUAGCUAUGUAUUCAGAAGUUUGGCUGUUUAAAUAACUUAUAUUAGUUAUGAGAACUGAAUGUACUUUACUUCUGUCACGAACCUGAAUCAGGUACAAGUAUUGUACACACAGAUUAUUUUGGGAAGUAUUUAUUAAACAUUGUUUACAAUUUAUAUUUAUAAAAUGUUUAAGACUGAUAAUUUCUUAAUGAAAACUACCAAGGUAGUUGUUAAUAAAUAAAUAUUUUUGAGAGAAUUUCCUCGUAAUUAGAUUGAAAUUUUCCUGAAUUUAGGAAGUUUUCAAAGGAAGAUGGAAGAAAUGAAAAUGAUUGGUAUUAUUAAGCUGUGAGUUAAAGGAACUGCCUGUCAGUGAUGGGAAAUAGUCCUCGGAAAUGUUGGAACUUUUCAGAUUGAUUGCAAUGACUCAUAAUCUAUAUGAUUAGUUUACUGUCUACUUUUCUUUGGCAGAAAAAAUCUGGAAUAAUUUUGAUGAGGAUGCGGUACUUUUGUCCAUGUGUUUAUUUGCAAGAAAUUGUAAUGUUUAUAAAUAAAUGGAGGAAUCUGAUAGCGAUAUUUAAAUCUGAUAUCUGCUAGUGCCAGCUUCUCCAUGGGAAGAAAUAUGGUUUUUUUUUCUUCAGCGAAUCUGACUUGCUUUAAGGGACAUCCCAUGAAAAUAUUUAGAAUGCCUGUACUGUGUUUUGUUUGAUGUAGCAGAGGGAGACUGUGGAUUUAAAGCGUCCUUAUUCAUAUAGGAAGCUUUUCCCGAAACGAUUAAUAUUAGUGUCAAUCAAACUGAGAAAGUAAAUGAGGUUAAAUAUUGUUUGAAAAAAAAAAGAGUGUAGACGGUUAAACAAAAAAUAGCUUAGUUGGGUAUGGUAUAGGUUCAUUGGGGUAAGUGAUACCCUUUUGUAAAAUGUCUUCUUUUCGUUUGGAUGAACUUGUAGGUAUUUUGAUGCAUCAUACUUCCUAGCAAAAGCCUCACUCCACCUUAAUUAGCUUCGACUCCUUUAGUUUAAUAAUUGUCAAAAAUGAAGAAUUAAUCACACAGAGUUUAGUUUCUUAUGCAUUUUGUGAUAAAAGAACAUUAAAAGAAAAACAAUUGUAAACUACUGUCUGGUUAAAUUUUUAUGCCUUUCUGUUAUUAACGAUGAUAUAGAAUUACCUAGAACUUAAAAUUCUUUGUGUGCUCUAAACCAAAUGAAUGCAUGUAAUAGAUGUCCAAAUUUUCAUAAAUAUGUGUGCGUAGUACACUUAAAAACUCUGCUAUUUUGUUUUAUGAUGACAAAUUAAGUAUGUAAUGUUCGUUUUAGUUACAGUUGCAAUCAUCUUUAAUAAAGUAAGUCAAUCUUUUUGGUUUUUGUCUUUUUUCUGUUUAAAACUUUAUGCCAGCUGGAAAUUGUAAGAUUUAAGAAAAAUUAGAAUGUGCCAUUUCCUGAAUUGCCAUCCCUUACCAUGAAAACAUGGCUGCCAAGCCGAUCUCUGAAAAAUGUGGUGCUUGUAAUUAAGGUACGUUUUGGAAGUUCAUCGGAAGAAAGGUGGCCGACCACUUCGCUUUGCUCUAAUUUUAAUCAGUGAAGUGUGCUUUGAAUCGGCUGUACUAAAUAUUGUUUAAAUCUCAGCCCCGAUUGCAGUUAACAAAUUAGACAAUUCAUAGAAAAUACGGUUUAGAUAUUUUGAAUUAGACAAACAAGAGGUGGAGUUGA